UGUAAAAAGUUGCUUUCUAGUUUCUUGAUAUUGUUGGAUUUUCUGUAACUCGACAAAGCACGAACCUUUAAAUUUGCACAUUGUUGUCUUUUAGUCAGAUCUUUAGUCGCUGAAUUUACGGAAUUAGUUGUUGCGGACUGUUGCACGGAUUGGAUCUUGUGAUCAGCGAAAAUGGUGAGAGCCGAGCUGGGUACGAUUACCAAGCACAACCUGAAGAUGGUGAAGCGCUUGAACCAGGUGAUUUUUCCGGUUUCCUACAAUGAUCAGUUCUACAAUGAUCUUCUGAAAGCCGGUGAUUUGGCCAAAAUAGCCUUCUUUAAUGAUUUGGCGGUGGGCGCCGUGUGUUGUCGCGUGGAUAUCUCGCCUCCCCCGAAUACCACAGCAGCGCCCGAUGCUGCAGCAGCAGCCAAUGGUACCUCCAGUUCCUCGCAAAAUCCACCUCAGCCCGUCGUAUUGGCGCCUGGACGGCGUUUGUACAUCAUGACUUUAGGAUGUUUGGCUCCUUACCGGCGGCAAAAAAUCGGCACCCUCCUUUUGCAGCACGUGUUGGCGGUGUGCGCCCGCGAAGGAUUCUCCUCGGUGACACUCCACGUACAGAUUAACAACGAUGCCGCCCUGCAGUUUUACAAGAAAUUCGGCUUCGAAGUGGUGGGCAUUUCGGAGCAUUACUACAAACGUAUUGAGCCGGCCGAUGCAUAUUUACUGGAAAAGAAACUCGGCACUCCGUCCGUCAAUGGCCACGCGGGUAAAGCGCACGAUUAGACGGCGCUGGCGGUAGUACGCGCUCGUGCUCCAAAGACGGAUUAGUUUUUGUAUGUUUGAUUACUAAUUAGUUCGGUUUGUUUGUUCUUGCGGAAUAUCCAGUCAGAAUGGUUGUGAGAGAUUUGAUGGGAAAAUGAGCUAGUAUAGCUGAUCUUGUUAAGACAUGACUUUGAUAGAAAUUUUGGUUUUGCGCACGAGAGAUUUCUU